AAGCGUAGCCGAAAACAUCUCAAAACGCGCAACGUGCGUACACAGUUCAAUUUCAGUUAAAUAUCAAAAAGUUACAAUGAUCGCAGGAGUAAAACGAGAGAAGGAUAUCGAUGAAAACGAAGAAGAAGAAGUGCCGCUGAAAAUUGGGCGUUCGCAAGGUGUUGAAGAUAAGAGAAGCCGACAUUGUCCGUAUCUGGACACAAUCAACAGGAGUGUUUUGGAUUUUGAUUUUGAGAAGCUUUGUUCUGUCUCGCUUUCACACAUUAAUGCCUACGCCUGUCUGAUCUGUGGGAAAUAUUUCCAAGGCCGUGGGCAGAAGUCUCAUGCAUACACCCACAGUGUUCAGUUCACUCACCAUGUUUUCCUGAAUCUCCACACACUCAAGUUCUACUGUUUGCCAGACAAUUAUGAGAUUAUUGACUCAUCAUUAGAAGACAUUACAUAUGUGUUGAAGCCUACAUUUGCCAAACAGCAUAUCUUUGGUUUGGAUAAGCAAGGAAAGCUAUACAGAGCCUAUGAUGGCACAACUUAUCUACCUGGAAUUGUGGGUCUCAAUAAUAUCAAGGCCAAUGACUAUGCCAAUGUUGUCCUACAGGCACUGUCAAAUGUGCCCCCACUACGGAACUACUUCCUUGAAGAGGAAAACUAUUGUAAUAUUCGUCGGCCACCAGGAGAUAUCAUGUUCCUGCUGGUUCAACGCUUUGGGGAACUAAUGCGCAAGCUUUGGAACCCACGCAACUUUAAAGCCCAUGUGUCACCGCAUGAAAUGUUGCAGGCUGUGGUGUUAUGCAGUAAAAAGAAGUUUCAGAUCACUAAGCAAGGGGAUGCUGUGGACUUUCUGUCCUGGUUCCUUAAUGCAUUGCAUGGUGCCCUUGGUGGUACAAAGAAAAAAUCAACCAUCGUCACACAGGUGUUCCAGGGGUCAAUGCGAAUAUUCUCAAAGAAGCUUCCCCAUCCUGAUUUGCCUGCAGAAGAAAAAGAAGCUCUCCUCCUGAAGGAUGAAUAUCAAGAGGAGAUGUCAGAAUCUACCUUCUUGUUCCUGACCCUGGACCUGCCCACUGCACCCCUCUACAAAGAUGAGAAGGAACAGCUCAUCAUUCCUCAAGUUCCUCUCUUCAGCAUCCUAGCCAAGUUUAACGGAAACACAGAGAAGGAGUACAAGACAUACAAAGAAAACUUUCUGAAGAGGUUUCAGCUAACCAAGCUUCCCCCAUACCUUAUCUUCUGUAUUAAACGAUUCACGAAGAACAACUUUUUUGUCGAAAAGAACCCCACUAUUGUCAACUUUCCAAUCACGAAUGUUGAUUUGCGCGAGUACCUCACAGAAGAGGCCCAGGCUACUGAGAAGAUUACAACCUAUGAUCUGGUGGCCAACAUAGUUCAUGAUGGAAAGCCAUCUGAGGGCUCAUACAGAAUCCAUGUCUUGCAUCAUGGAACUGGAAAGUGGUAUGAACUUCAGGAUUUGCAGGUGACUGAUAUCUUGCCGCAGAUGAUAACACUCUCAGAAGCAUACAUACAGGUUUGGAAAAGACAAGAUACAGAUUGUUCAGAAAGCCAUACAGGGGCAUAGGAGUUGCAAAAAUUCUGCAUUACAUUUAUGGUGUUGUUCCUUUGAUGUAUUUAGUCCUGAACUUGUAAUGCUUUUCACCAGAAUGCAGCUUUGCUUUAAUGGACAAGUAAAAGCAUGUAUGUGUUUUUAGGCAAUCUUUCAGAUCUCCUCUUUGUUUGUAAUAUUAAACUUUUUAAUACACUUAUAGACUGUAUACUAUAAUUUAGCUCCCCGCAGAGGAAUGGUUAUUUUAAAAAGCUUGACACCAAGAUUUUGUUUAAAUGUAUAGUCCGAUUUUUGAAAUAAAGGUUACAUUUGACAUGACGUGAAAGGGGUAAGGUAUAUUAAAUAAAUAGCCAUUGAAAGGA